AUGGCUAUGUCACGAAGACUGUCGGCCUUGGCAAUCCUCCUCCGUGCUUUCUCUGAGGAUGUGGACUCAGAUUAUGCUUUUUCUGUGGAUGCCAGCGGGCAGCCGCGACAGAUGAAGGCGGAUCCAAUGAGUCUGACUGCAAUUCUGCCGCACUGGGCAGAUGAGACGCUUGCGGAGGGUAGUCACGCCGCUGAUCCAGAUGAAAACGCGGAGGAGGCGGACGAUGAGGCUGACUCAGACGAAUCUUCGGAGGACUCCAAGGGUGAAUAUACCUUCGCAUACCGUCAGCAUGUGGUAGGCUCAACGCCGACUGGCCCACUUGGAAUCGGCACUCCUUCCGUGUCACUGAACAUGAUCUUGGACACCGGCAGCGACAAAUUUGUGGCCAAGACCUGGUCGACCAUCAAAGCGGAGCUGGACAAAAUUGACGCCGGUGCUUCUGACGAAGUCUUUCCAAGCUCCAAGCUCUACAACCACAACUCAUCAAAGUCAUACAUGCAGCUCUUCAUAUCUCAGCACGGCAAGAAAGUGCCACGCCAGGGCUUUAUCGCAUACGGGAGUGGCAUGGCAAUCACUUUGGAGGGAAGAGAGACGAUCCGCAUCGGAGAUGAGCAACAGUUCGUUACCAUGCCAAAGUUUCCGAUUUCAGAGAUCAGCCUGGACUCGCUGCAAAUCUUGCACUCCACCAAGGGCAUCUCCGGCAUUCUGGGGCUUCAGCACAUGAUGAAUCGAUCUCUGGGCCAGUCUUUCUACUCCGUUUUGAGAGACAAGGGCGUGCUCCACUCCUUUGGCUACUGCCGGGGCAAGAACAAUGACGGUACCUUCCUGUGGGGAGACAAGUCUGCUGAUGGGAGGCAAGUGGAUGUGGAGGGGCAGAUGCAUUGGGCUGUGAAGUUGCGCAGCAUGCGCUUAACCCACAAGCACAAGACAGCGCUCAUUGAGCGCUUUGAUGCACGGGAUAGUGAUGAAGAACAGGAGUCCCAUCAGAAGUUCCAGCUCUGCCACCCCAGUCAUUGCGUGGCAGUGAUCGAUACAGGGUCCAACAUCAUUGCAAUGCCAUCAGAAGCUGUGAGGACUCUUUCCAAAGUCCUUGAUGUUGCCACGGACUGCUCCAACAUGGGUCGCUUGCCCAACCUGCACUUCUCGCUUGGUGAUGUGCACAUCUCCCUGCCCCCCGCGGCUUACAUCAUGAAGGUGAAGCUGCCGGGCUUGAAGAGCGCCGGCAAGAAGAAGGACGCGAACUCGGAGGUGGAGACGGACGACUCCGAGUCGACCUCCGAGUCGACGGCCGAGUCGUCCGAGUCGGACCCGGAGAUCUCCAAGACCAGCUCACCGAAGGACUUGAGCCUCCCAGGCCGUUUCCGGCGCGGGCGGCCACCGCUGCAGCUGGCUGAGACGGAGGCGGAGGCCUCUUACUUGGCUCAGGUGGACCACUUGGUGGAGGAGACAUUCCGUCAGCACGGCCUUGAUCUCCGUGCCGUCGUGAAGACAGACCUGGCUCAGUUGCUUCGGAAUACCUCCACUCUGUGCAUGCCGGCCAUUGUGCCGCUGGAUCGGGAGACCCAGAAAGGCACCCUGCUGGUGGUCGGCGGGCCGCUCUUCGAGAAGUACUACACGCGCUGGUCUUGGCCUGACGGACAGACCCCCAAGAUCUUCGUCAAGGAUUUGCACAAGACGGAUGCUUGCGAAGUCCAGAAGGAGACGAAGCCUGAGAAGAGCGUGCCCAAGAUGACGGUGUGGAGGAACCACAACGAGCACGCAGAGCAUGAGCAUGCGGAGCACGGGCGGAUGAUUCGCACUGAGAAGGGCCACGUGAAGGAUCCGAAGCCCGCAGAGCUCAACGAGAUGGAUUCGGAGAUGGAUUCGGAGCUGAGGCCUCGUGAGCUGAACUUGGAGGAGAUUCGGUACCCGCACUGGGCCAAGUACCUCACCGACUUGUGUCCUGCGGUCAUGGCAGUGCGACGGACUUUCGGCCUCCUUCUGGAUUUUUCCGGGGCAGCCACAGAGCUUGCCAUGCGGGUGUUCAAGACACUCUUGCCCAGAAGAGACGGCAAGGGCUGGUCCGGUGGCAGCACCAGACCUGAUGGCGAGGCCAACCAGCCUGCAAACAUCAAGGAGAAGCGACCCAAGGUCUUCCUAGAGGUCGAGCUGCACAAGCGCCAGCUGGGUCGCAUCGUCCUGGAGCUUUUCGGGGACGUGGUCCCCAAGACGGUGGAGAACUUCCGCUGCCUUUGCACGGGUGAGAAGGGCAUCAGCGCAGUCUCUGGCAAGCCGCUGAGCUUCAAAGGGAGCAGGUUUCACAAAAUCAUUCCAGGCAAGAUCAUACAAGGUGGUGACAUUACAAAGGGAGAUGGAUCAGGGGGUGACUCCAUCUACAAUCAGGAUGGAGAUGGUACCUUUGGAUGUGAAAACUUCAAGGUGAAGCACGAUAGACCCGCCCUCGUCUCCAUGGCACACAAACGUGGCCAAGAAGGUAAGAACUGCUCGCAGUUCUUCUUCACCUCCAAGGCGGAGCCCAAGCUGGAUGGCAAGCACACCGUGUUCGGGCGGGUCAUUGAAGGCCUUGACAAGCUGUCCAAGCUCGAGUCUAUGGGCACGAAGGGUGGAACUCCUCUCUUUGAGGCAGUCAUCUCGGACUGCGGCGAGCUCGAGUCGGCUUGCAUGGGCGCCCGCAAGCGGAAGAUGGAGCAGGUGCCAUUGCCUCCGGGCUGGAAGCAGAAGGAGUCCCGCUCCAAGCCUGGCCUUGUCUACUACCAGCAUGAGAGCGGCCAGACGCAGUUCGAACGUCCAAGCACAAGGUCCACCAAGGACCCUUUGGCAAAGUCACUGGAGGUGGAGGAGAGGCGAAGGAUCGAGGAGGAGAAGAAGCAGGCGGAAAAGCUGCCCGAGAGAGCCGUGCAGAAGGGCGAAGCUCGGGUUUGGCAUAUCCUCAAGAAGCACAGGGACUUCUUUGGCAAACCAGCGAAGUCUUGGCGGCAGAAGGACAUUACCUGGAGCAAAAAGGAGGCCAAAGAAGCUCUCAAGAAUCUCAAGUUCAAGUUGGAGAACGUGGCGUACGGAGGUGGUGCGCAGGCGCUACAAAAGAAGUUUGAGAAUUAUGCCCGUGCGGAAAGCGACGACGACAUCUCGGCCAAAGUUGGCGGCGACUUGGGGCCAAUCACUAAGAGGAGGAAGUUGUUCGGCGGGUAUGAGAUAUCCAAGACUACCUUCGAAUUGAAGAUUGGCACCAUCUCCGACAUCGUCGAGAGUACAGAGGGUGUGCACCUUGUGGGCCGCUUCGAGUGA